AUGGACUUAUCGGAAAUGAAGUGUCUCACAGAGCUCUUUGUGUCUGAUGAACCGCUGACCGUGGAUGACAACCCCAUGUGCACUCUUGUGGGUUUCCGAGUGACUUUAUUAGAAGGACUGCCUCAGACUUUGAAAGUUGAUUCCUAUUCCCGUGAGGUCCCUUCCAAAAACCCCUCAAUCUUGGAACCGGAUGCUUUACUAACAAAAGAACUGGAGUUGGAGCGUAACUUUCGAGCUAAAUCUGAGGCCUUUCAGGAAUGUCUCAUGAAGAAGUUAGAAGCUCUGAGCGAGAGAAGUGACAAUCACAACUCUGAUCUUGUGCUGAAUAACGUCAAACUGAAGGAACGACUUGCG